AAUAUUUUAAAUUAUAAAAUUGAUCACAAUUUAAAUCUAUAUUUAAAAAAAAAAAAAAGAGGUCGUAUUUUCCACCGUCCUCCCGUCCCAAUAAAAAAAGUAGUUGGGGUGCGCAAAAAAAUUUUAAAAAAAGUAGAGGAUCUACGUCCCCCUGCGCACCCCUCCAAUUCGAGCACUGCUUAUCCUAAAUACUGUUAUAAUCUCUCUUAUGUGAUAAUAAGCCGCUUUGUCACUUUUUAGUCUUCUUCGAAGUUUACCAUUACCGUGUCCGACAACUUACAAUGUCGGACGAAAAAACGUGGAUCCAUUGUAGGAUAGUGCACCACAAUGGCAUACUAAAACAUCUUAUUAUUAUUGUAAUAUGACUAAGUGGUCGAUAUUUUAUAUAAAAGUUAAUGACUAUUGUAGUAAUCGUUUUAAUUACUAUAUUUAACUAUUUAAAAAAAGUUAUAUAAAACUAUUUGUGGCGAUCCAACAAUCUGUAAUGUUCGAUCGCCCCAACAAGAAGAUAUACACAUAUAAGAUUGUAGCAGUUAACGCAACAAAUGAACAGAAAAAAUAUAAUAAAGGCCAUGCAGUUAACUUUUUAAAUUCAUUUUUACAAAAAAGCAAGUGGCACAUUAAAUCACAGGAUUUUGUGUUUGACCAUAAAAGUAAGUCUAUGAUUUUUUUGAAACAACUAUUAUUAGGUAAAAAAAGUUGUUGUAAAGGUUACAUCGUCGAUAAAAAAAAUGUUAAUCAAAAAUUAAGAGAAAUAAUGUUGCUUAUUAAUCAUGAGUACACAAUAAGCUUAACAUGGAUCGUCAAUCACGUAAGAUACAUUGUUGAAAAUUGUAUUUUAAAAAAAAUUCGGUUUACUUCAGAAGAUCACGAGCAUUGUGUGAGUUUAUUAUUACUAAAUAUUGAAAAUUCCAAAAAACUCAUUACACGUUUUAUUAGUGCAAUACAUUUCCUAAUGAAUUUGUUAAAUAUCAAAACUAACCCAUUUAUUUUAAACGAAUUAUUAAAAUUUAUUGUUUUGAUAAGCAGAGAAAGAAAUGAAAAUAACAAUUAUUAUGUGGAAAAAAUUUUUAGUAAGUUCAAUGACGAGUACGGCUGGAUUAAUUCUGAUUUAAACAUAAUUCUUGGAUAUUAUUAUAUUGACCGCAACUAUAUUAGUGUAAAUGAUAGUGAUGAAGCUCGUAAUUUAUAUAUAAAUAGUAAUGAUUUACCUGAUACGUUUGAAAUGUAUGAAUUUUUAGAAGUUAAUUUAAGAGAAGGUAUUAAAAAUAUGAAUAAAACAUUGUAUAUUAAUCUGGGCUUUUUUUAUGACGAAAUAAAUAAUGAAAGUUCUUAUGUUCAUGAAUGGGAUAUUUUNUGA